UACUACCCGCACUUUACUUUACACUGUUUAGCGGAACAUGACUGAUCAAACUGAAAUGGAUGACACAAGUAUACAUAGUUUAAUCCUGAAACUACACGACAUCCAAGCAGUCAAGUUCGGAACUUUUAAGCUUAAAAGUGGACUCACUUCGCCUAUCUAUUUUGAUCUUAGAGUAACAGUGUCCCAUCCAGCGUUGAUGAACCAGGUGGCAAGCCUUCUUCACAAGCGUGCUGAGGAUGCAGGGGUUCAGUUUGAUAGUGUGUGUGGUGUCCCUUACACGGCUCUUCCUCUGGCCACAAUCAUCUGCUCUACCAAGCAAUACCCCAUGCUUAUUCGACGAAAGGAGGCGAAGGACUAUGGAACGAAGCGUCUCAUCGAAGGAACCAUCCACCCUGGUGACAGAUGCCUAAUAGUAGAGGACGUAGUGACCAGUGGCAGCAGUGUUCUAGAAACCGCUGAGGUACUAGAGAACGAAGGCCUGAAGAUCACAGAUGCAGUGGUGUUAAUGGACAGAGAGCAGGGAGGCAGUGCCAGGCUAGCUGACAGUGGCAUCACUCUACAUUCAGUCAUUUCUGUCUCCAGACUUCUGGAUGUGUUACUUAAAUCUGGCCGAAUAGACACGGCCACUUCUCAGAACGUUGAGAGAUUUGUUCAAGAAAACAACACCUACGUAUCAGCAAAGAAAAAUGGCUGCUCCGCUCCUAAAAAGGGCUGUAAUUAUCUCGGCUAUGGGGCUCGUGCCGGGUUGCCAGACACUCACCCUCUCGCCGCCCGCCUGCUGAAGACCAUGGAGGACAAGAAGAGCAAUCUGUGCGUGUCUGCAGAUGUGACUCGUUCUGAGGAGCUGCUGGAGAUCGCUGUGACGUUGGGGCCACUGAUUUGCGUGCUGAAGACUCAUGUGGACAUCCUGCAGGACUUCACUGCAGACGUCACCAGCAAUCUGAAAGAGUUGGCUAUAAAGCACAACUUCCUGAUUUUUGAGGAUCGCAAGUUUGCAGACAUUGGGAACACAGUCAAGCAUCAGUAUGAUGGUGGUCUCUAUCGGAUCUCCUCAUGGGCGCACAUCAUUAAUGCCCACGCAUUGCCGGGUCCGGGUGUGCUGCAGGGUCUCGGUGCCGUCGGCAAGCCUCUGGGUCACGGCUGUUUGCUGAUUGCUCAGAUGAGCUCCCAGGGUUCCCUUGCAACAGGGGAUUACACUCGAGCAGUGGUCAAGAUGGCUGAAGACCAUUCUGAUUUUGUGUUUGGAUUUAUAAGUGGAUCGAAGAUCAGUGACAAGCCUGGUCUGAUUCACAUGACUCCAGGAGUGCAAAUGCAGAAAGGAGGGGAUGGACUUGGACAGCAGUAUUCAAGUCCAGAAGAUGUGAUCUGCACUAAAGGCUCUGAUAUCAUCAUUGUGGGACGAGGUAUUCUUGCCAGCCCAGACCGGCUCCGAGCUGCAGAAGAAUACAGAACGGCAGGCUGGGAGGCAUAUCUGAAAAGACUCUCACAGGCCAGCUAAGGAAACCCCUCAGGAAAGAGGAAGAAGAAUUUGGGGCCAGUUAAAUCAUGUCUAGUCUUUGUAGCUCAGUCAUUCCAUCCACUUUAAUACUACUAACCUGAUUCAGAUUACUCCCUCCUUGUUUUUGUUCACUCGGUAAUAAAAUGUUGUUUAAAUACUUAUCAAUAAAAGUGUUGUUUGA